AAUUGCCCCCUCCUAAUUCCGACGUCUCGAAGAAGGGGGAAGACCUCCUCGCCACCGCCUCCUCCUUCCCCUUCUCUCGACGUUCUCGAUCCGCUUGCGUUCGAUCGAUAUGCGGUCUCGACGCCUGGUGCCUUCGUCGAUCCCGAUCUCUCGCGCCGCCCUCCUGAUCGCUCACGUCUUCCUCUGCUCGCUUCCUGGAAUCCUUUCAUCGAAGUUUGUUAUCCUAAGUUCAAUAAAGGUAUUCACUACCCAUGAGUGGCUACCUACAAAACCAACUAUUUAUUUUCAUUGUCAAGGAGCAAACGAGACCAUGUUGCCUGAUGUGAAGGAAAAAAACUUCCUGUACAUUUUCAGUGGCGAAGAAUCUUGGCAGCCUCUGACAGAACUUCCAGAAAAGAAAUGUAGAAGAUGUGGAUUAUACGAACACAACACUUUUAAGCCCGAUGAUGUCUUCGACGAGUGGGAGCUGUGUCGUAGCAAUUUUGUUGAUGGAAAAUAUGUACGUCUCAAGCACAACGAAUUCAACGCCACGUUCCUAUGCCCUCAGUGCACUGCUUUAGGAGUUGCAGGGAUGACUUCUUGGAAGAGAAGGCAGACGGUUCUGCUCGUAGUAGUGAGCAUAUUUGCUGCCGCUGUAAUGGCUGCGGGCGUGGCAGCCGUGUACAGAUACUCGCGAAAGAGGAAGAGGGAACAAGACCAGGCUCGAUUCUUAAAGCUAUUCGAGGAGGGUGAUGACCUUGAAGAUGAACUGGCUCUAGGAAAUGCCAUAUAUAAAUGAUAUGUGAGAAAUACCCCUUUUUGUUUUUUUGACUUUUGUACGUUUGCAUCCCAAACGUAAAGAGAGGUAUAUAUAUACGUAUCUUCUUCGAGUGCA